AUGCGCUUCCUGGUUAUCCCGCUGGGUUCCCACCCCUUGGCCAGCUACCUGGGCUCCAUGGAUUGCCGCUACAAAAACUUCUUCCAGGACCUGUACUGGCGGGACAUGUUCAACAACCUGGAGUCCCAGAACACCUUGCAGGACACACAGGAUGUUGUGUCGAGAAUCUCUGAGUACAUUGCGGGAGCCAACUGCGUCUACCUGCUGCCCAUUGCAGAGGCCAUGCUCAUGUCUAAGCAGCAGCGCCCCAAUAAGAAGUCCUCACAGCUCAUCCCCUUUGUGGGGGCAGUGAAGGUUGGAAGAGUAGAACCAUCUGCAGCUAUGUCAGGAGACUCAGAUGAUGUGGUCCCCUCAUGCUCCAGUGAGCUUCUGUCCCCUACCGGGAAGGCCUCACCCAACACACUCUCUGCCCCAUCAAUGAGUGGGGACCUGUCCUUCACCAGCCAGAGUGUCCAUGCAGGGAUGAUGGAGCUGCAGGUGGAUUACUGGACAGCAGCUCAGCCAAUAGAUACGAAGAGAAUAGCAGAGAAGAAAGACCUGCCUACCACCAAAAACACACUCAAGUGCUUCUUCAAGUCUGUCCAGGUCAGCAGGCUGCCCCACAGUGGUGAGGGCACAGCAACACCGGCCAUGUCCAUGACAGUGGUCUCCAAGGAGAAGAAAAAGGAAGCGCCCAAGAAAACCAAGGACGAGGAUGUGGAGUCCAAAAGCCAGUGCAUCCAGGGCAUUGGUCACCUGGUUUGCAAGGCCAAGCACCAGCAGAGCAUGCUGCCGGUCGUCAUCGAUGGCAUGGAGUGGAACGACAUGACAUUCUUCCAGCUGGCAGCCCAGUGGUCCUCCCAUGUCAAGCACUUCCCCAUCUGCAUCUUCGGACACAACAAUUCUACCUCCGAAAUGCUGCAGGGUUUAAGCAGCAGCAAGCAGUUCCUGAACCCUAACUGCCACCUGCACCUGUACAGAAACUCCACCCUGCUCCACGCGCACGGAACAGCAUUCUGA